AUGGCAAUGAGAACGGCUGGUGUAUUAUUCGUUGUGGGCUCUCUGUUAUCAUUUCUGGUGGCAUGUCAGGCUACUAAGGUAUACACCAUUGGAGAUGAAGCAGGUUGGACAUUGAGCUAUGAUUAUCACAAUGUUGUGGUUGUGGCUGUGGAAGCAGUGUUUAGCUACAUCCAUAAUGAGAUGAGCAUUCAUAAUGUGGUGAGUGUAAAUAGAACAGCAUAUGCAAAGUGCGUUAACCAUCCGAACAUGGGACUCUAUGAAAGCGGAAGUGAUAAGAUAGUUUUAAGCACCCCGGGACAUAUGUGGUUUAUUUGCAGAACGCCCGGUCACUAUGAAAGCAGCAUGAAACUUAAAAUCAAUGUGAGAAAACCACACCCCAAUAAGCACAAGACUCCUUCUCCUGCUCCUGCACCCACAACUGAAGGAAUUCCUGCUUCAUCUCCUGCGUCUGCUCCUGCUCCUGCACACACAACUGAAGGAAUUCCUGCUUAUUCUCCUGCAUCUUCUCCUGCGUCUACUCCUGCUUCUGCUUCUGAUCCAAUCUUUCUCAAACGGUUAACUUGGCUUCCAUGGCAUUUAAAGGACUUAUUCGCUUUCUGUCUAUAG